AUGAAGGACUUGAAAGAUACAAUAGAAUUUGACAACUUCUCUAGAGUGAAGCAUUUGCGUACCCUAUUGGCUUUGCCAUUACGACAUAUAUGGAGAUCACUUGAGGCCCAAUUUAAGCUUGAAAUGGUGCUAAAGGAUGGAGGAUGCUUAAGAACUCUUUCUUUGUCACAAUCGCAUAUCACAAACUUGCCUGAUUCAAUUGGCAAUUUAAAACAACUCAGGUAUUUGGAUGUCUCCGGCACAAAAAUCAAAGAGUUACCUCUUUCAAUUUGUGAGUUGUACAAUUUGGAAACAGUCUUAUUGAUGUAUUGUAAUGAACUCACACAAUUGCCAACCAACAUUUCCAACUUAAUCAACUUGCGUCAACUUGUAACAAGAUGGACUCGUUUAAAAGAGAUGCCACCAAAUAUCUGCAAUAUGACAAAUCUUCAGAGGUUAAGUGAUUUUGUUUUGUGUAAAAGUGGUGGAUCGAGGAUCAAAGAGUUGGGUAAGUUGGAGAAUCUACAUGGAAGCUUACAUGUUUCAGGCCUUAGCUAUGUUAAUGAUGUGAGUGAUGUUUUGGAAGGCGAACUGAGGAACAAAAAGUAUCUUGACGAGCUCAUUCUUUCAUGGAAUGGCACGAAAGAUAACUCAACAAAGGAAAAAGAAGUACUUAAUGCACUCCAACCACAUGUAAAUUUAAAGAAACUCGAAAUUAUUGGUUAUAACGGUACAAGUUUGCCAGAUUGGGUAACGCAUCCAUCAUAUCGUAACUUGGAAGAGGUUGAUCUACACUGUGAAAAUUGUUGCUUGCCACUGUUAUCAUUUCAACAACUAAGUUCACUGAGAUAUUUUCGUGUUACCUGCAUUGAUAUGCAUGAUGACUUUCGUAGUAUUUCUUUGAAUAAGCCCUUUCCAUUCUUAGCAAGAUUAGAACUUGUUAGAAUAGAUAUGUUGGAUUGGUCGUUUAUUAAUAAGAGUGACCAAACAAGUGAGAUUUUUUGUUGUUUAAAGCAAUUUGAUUUGAAAAGAUGCGGGAAGCUAAAUGUGGCAUUACCUGGGUGUAAUUUUCCAUCAUUAGAAGUCAUCAACGUUGUACAUUGUGAUGAAAUGGUAACUAUAUUUUCAACAAGUACUCACAUUGACUCUGCAUAUCCUUCCCUCAAAACGUUGAGCAUAAAUAAUUGCUCAAGGUUGGAAACCUUUUCAGUGAUGGGGUUGCCACCUUCUUUAAGAAGUCUAUACAUCACAUCAUGUGAUAUGCUCGUGGAUAAUCGCAUGAAAUGGAAUUUACAAAGUCUCCCAUCAUUGAAUGAUUUAGAUCUCUGUCGAUGUGGAGUUGUGGUGGAUUCAUUUCCAGAAGAAUGGCUGCUCCCACCAUCUUUAAAAGGUUUUCAACUGCAAUAA